UUCUCUCAUAACAAUAGAUGGAACCUGUUACUUGGAGGAGAAUCAAUUUUUUCUCUUUUUUUUCUCUCUCUCUCAUUUCGAUUUUUGUAUCGAAUUUUUUUUCUCUUCUAUUCAGUUUUCUCUCUCUUUCACUCUACUAUGUGGAGAUACUCAUGGUUGCUCAUACUGUUUGUUACAAAGUGAAUUAACUCAAACCGGGUACCCGUUUUUAUUAGAAAAUCCCAUUAAUUGUUGAUUAUCUUGUUUUCUCAUUGUUGAUUUUUGUGACAACUAAAAAAAGAGUAAAAAUUUCAAUAAUUUUACAUCAUCAUUUUAUCAUCAUUUGGUUGUUUUUUUCCUCAAAUUUUUUUUUGUUUCUCAUCCUUUGGAUUUAUCUCUCCAUCAUCGUUUUCUUGUUGUAAUCUCUCAAGGGGAAGAAAAAGUGAUUUUCUCCUGUUCUUGUUUCUUUCAUUUUCUCCAUCCAUUGGAUUAAUUAUUAUUUUUUUUUUAUUCUAUUCUAUUCUGUUGAUGUUUUUCUAUUCUUCACUUUUUUUUCUUCCUAGCAACUAGUUUUGUUUCUGUCUGUUUUGGGAAAUAAACUGGUUACUUGGUUGUGGUUGCUAGCAACUAAACGUUGAGAGCAUCAUCUAUGUGUUUUGUUGAUUAUUUCAUUUUGGGUUGGUGAAGAUUGACAUGUCAUCAGUAGGCCUGGAUUAUGCCGAUAUACCCCAACAACCGUUGUUUCGGCCUUUUACCAGGGAAUCUUUGGCUGCCGUUGAAGCUCGUCAAGCGGAAAAGCUUCAAAAAGAGAAAGAGGAGAAAAUCGCUGAGAUGGAUGAGCUUUAUGUACCACACCGUGAGGAAGAAGAGCUUCAUCCCGAUGAGACAUUGGAAGCAGGUAAAAUGCUUCCGAAACCAUUGGAACGAGGCUUCCCUCCAGAUCUUAUUGGUACCCCAAUAGAAGAUUUUGACAAAUAUUAUGAAAAAGUUGGAAUUCCGACCUUUGUUGUUGUAAGCAAAGGGAAAGAUAUCUUCCGUUUUAGCGCAACCAAAGCCUUGUUCAUCCUUAGCCCGUUCAACCCGAUCCGUCGAGUUGCCAUUUUUAUGCUUGUCCAUCCUUGGUUCAGCUUUCUUGUUAUCGUUACAAUCCUCGUUAAUUGUAUUCUAAUGACUAUGCAGUCAAGUGAAAUCGAACGAACAGAAAUCAUUUUCACAACAAUUUACACUUUCGAAUCUUGUUUAAAAGUGACUGCCCGAGGCUUAAUACUUACAAACUUCACAUAUCUACGGGACCCAUGGAAUUGGCUUGAUUUUGUCGUUAUUGCCUUAGCCUAUUUAACCAUGUUAUUUGAAGAUUUAGGUAAUCUAAGCGCCCUUCGUACUUUCAGGGUUUUACGAGCUUUGAAAACAGUUGCUGUUGUUCCAGGUUUAAAGACAAUUGUUGGUGCAUUAAUUGAAGCAGCAAAAAACCUGAAAGAUGUUACAAUUUUAACGUGUUUUUCACUUUCUGUUUUCGCCUUAUUGGGACUUCAAAUUUACAUGGGAGCUCUUACACAGAAAUGUAUCCUCCAUGGACCAAGAAACAUGACCACCGAGGAAUGGUUCGAUUGGUGUAAUGAUAGAACCCACUGGUUAAAUACUUCUGAUGGAGAUCCUAUUCUUUGUAGUAACACCUCUGGUGCUACGCUUUGUAACUCUACAAUGAGUACUUGUAUCCAAGGAUUUGGACCUAAUCCCAAUUACGGGUACACUAAUUAUGAUACUUUUCCAUGGGCUUUACUUUCUGCCUUUCGUCUAUUAACUCAAGACUAUUGGGAAUCAUUGUAUCAAAUGAUCCUACGAACAACAAGUCCUUGGCACAUAAUCUACUUUAUUGGAGCCAUUUUUUUGGGCUCAAUUUACCUGGUUAACCUUAUUUUGGCUAUUGUUGCCAUGUCCUAUGAUGAAUUGCAGAAGAAACUUGUCGAUGAAGAUUUGGCUGCUGCAGCGGAAGAAGCUGCUUACCAGGAUACUCUUCGUCAAGCUGAUGUAGAUGAUGGAAGAGGAGGCGGAGGUGGUGGUACAACCUCCAUGGCAAUGGGAGGUGGAAUAGGUAUGAGUGGUCCAAUCUCUGGUAAUCAAUUAUCUCACCCAUCGCCUCUACAAAAUUACAACAAUUCAAUACCACCUCAUCUGAUAGGAUCUUUAGUGAAUCGUAGGGAAUCUGAUGCACCACCAAGUCCAUCGGUUUAUUCAGAUUAUGAUGAUAAAAUAGUUGACGAAAAGGAUAGAGUUUCACUGAAAAGUAAUGAAGAGGAUAAUCCAAACUACGAUUUUAACGCUGGACGGAUUAAUGGAAAUGUUCGCAAGGCAAGUUUAAGUCUUCCAGGCUCACCUUAUAAUGUACGUAGAGGGAGUCGGGGAAGUCAAUUUAGUGUUUCCUGGGCUCGAAACAGUCGCCGUGUCGGUGAUCGUAAACCUCUUGUACUACAAACUUUCCUUGACGCUCAGGAACACCUUCCCUAUGCCGAUGACAGUGCAGCAGCAACUCCCAUGUCAGAGGAAAAUGGAGCUAUAAUAAUACCUGUUUAUACAAAUUUACACUCACGACAUUCCAGUUAUACUUCCCACUCUUCCCGAAUUUCCUAUACUUCCCAUGGUGAUAUUUACGGCCGAGGUAUUCCCUGGACCAAAGAGUCACAAUUACUCACAAGAAGAAACUUACCAGGAUUUUUUCAAGAGGAUAUGUAUUCACAUGGAGAUGAUUUUGGAAGUGCAUUAAUGAAACGUCAACUUGAAAAUCCAUUCAUAGAUUCAGGUCAACAACAAUUACAACAACAACAACAACAACAACAACCCCAACAAACACAAACACCUCGACACACUGUGGUUGAUAUUAAAGAUGUGAUGGUUCUAAAUGACAUUAUCGAUCAAGCUGCUGGACGGCAAAGCAAAUCUAGCGAAAGAGUUUCUAUUUAUUAUUUUCCUACAGAUAAGGAAGAUUGUGAGGAAGAGAAACCAAGUUGUAAGCAACAAUUUACCACUUCUUGCCUCAAGGCAAUUGACAUAAUGUGUGUAUGGGAUUGCUGUUGGUGUUGGGUUAGAAUUCAAGAAUUGUUUGCACUUAUUGUAUUCGAUCCGUUCAUGGAAUUAUUCAUUACCCUGUGUAUAGUUGUUAAUACCCUUUUCAUGGCGAUGGAUCAUCAUAACAUGGACCCAGAUUUUGAGGCUGUUCUUAAAACUGGAAAUUUGUUUUUCUCAGGUACAUUUGCCAUCGAAGCCUUCAUGAAAUUGAUUGCAAUAAGUCCAAAGUUUUACUUUCGUGAGGGUUGGAACGUGUUCGACUUUAUCAUUGUUGCCUUGUCCUUAUUGGAAAUUUUUCUCGAAGGUGUUAGAGGUCUUUCCGUGCUUCGUUCCUUCCGUUUACUGAGAGUUUUCAAGCUCGCCAAAUCCUGGCCCACCCUUAAUCUUUUAAUCACCAUUAUGGGUAAAACUUUGGGUGACUUGGGUAAUUUAACCUUCGUCCUUGCUAUUAUUGUGUUCAUCUUUGCGGUAAUGGGAAUGCAACUUUUUGGAGCCAAUUAUUCAAAGAAAGUGUACCUUUUCCCGGACGGAGAGAUACCCCGUUGGAAUUUCAAGGAUUUCAUGCACUCCUUCAUGAUUGUUUUCCGUGUUCUUUGUGGUGAAUGGAUUGAAUCAAUGUGGGAUUGUAUGUUAGUCUGUGGAUUUGUUUGUGUUCCCUUUUUCCUGGCCACCGUUAUCAUUGGUCAUCUUGUUAUGCUCAACCUUUUCCUUGCCCUGCUUUUGUCCUCUUUUGGUGCGUCAAACCUUUCAUCGCCCACCUCAGAAUCAGCGGAUACCAAAAAGCUACAGGAAGCCUUUGAUCGUUUCGGUAGAGCUCAGAAAUGGCUUAAAAAUCGCAUUCUCACCGGCCUUAAACAACUUCGUAGCAAAACACGUAAUCAAAUUCGUGAUACAUCAAGAGGAGGAGCAGCAACGAUUGGCCCAGGAGGUAUAAUUGGUGCUCCUGGGCUAAUUGGACCUGGAGGAACCCUAACACUGGGAGGUGGUUUAACAAGUCGCUCACUAGUUCUUGGUAAUCUUGGAAGUGGAAUGGAUAAUAUCCUGGAAGAUGGAGAUAUUAUCAUGAUGGAUGGACUCAACGCAACAGAUUUACUCAAGGAUAAAAAACUUCUCGCCGCAGCAGCAGCGGCUUAUGGUGAAACCGUCAUUGGUCCUGAUGGCCUGGAGUACUCCUUACCUGGAGGUGGUAAGAUUACAUUUAAAAAUUCAGCCAAUUCUAUACUCAAUUCAAUGAAAUUAUCUCAAGCAGUUAAAGAUCUAACCACCGGUGAUAAGCUGAUUUUAACAGAAUCAGAGUUAAUUGAUAAAUUAUCUCCGUCCGUACCCAAUAAUCAUUCAGAUGAACGGUUUCAUGGUGAUAUUCCCGCCGUUAAUAAUAAUAACAACAACAUCUCGCUCAACAAUAACAACUUAAAUAAUGUUAAUAAUCAAAACAGUUUAAUAGUUAGUGCUAAUAUUAAUAAUACCAAUCAUAAUAAAGUUAAACCGUCCUUAAAUGAUCCCAAUGGUAAUUCCCAAUUCCCAUUGACUGAUCAUAAUCAUCAUCAUCAUGUUAAUUAUUCAACAAACACCAUCAACAACUCACGUUCAAAUGAACCUAAUAACGAUUCGUCAGCUCAACAGUCAUCUUCAUUAUCAGUGACUCCGUCUCAUCAUAUUAAUCAUCAACAAUUUUCAUCAUCAACACAACCAACUGCUCAUCAUCAUCAUCAUCAAUUGUCCAAGGUUCACCCAGCUGGAUAUCCGGUUCCCAUUUCAUUUCAACAUUCAAACUCAUCUCUUAAUCAGCCCUCCGGAUUAACAACAACAACCAACACCAACACUACCCCACCUUUGAUUUUACAACAACAACAAUUAUUACAAUUACAAUUAUUACAACAACAACUUAUUAGACAACAAUUACUUCAACAGCAACAAUAUCCACUGGGAGAGGAUGUGAUGGGUGAAGAAAUGAAUGCCAAUAAGAUGAUCCAUGUAACAGCUGAUGUAAAUAUCAAUGAUCAUCCAGCUGAUUGUUUACCUGAGUAUUGGUACCAUAGAUUCCCAUGUUGCCUGGAGGAAACAUCAUUCUGGGUUAAAUGGGGAGAGAUUAGAUCAAAGUGUUAUAAACUUGUUGAGGAUAAAUAUUUUGAAACUCUGGUAAUCACCUUAAUCCUGAUAAGUUCAAUGACCCUGGCUUUGGAAGAUGUUAAUCUAAAGGAACGUCCCUGGUUGGAAUACUCAUUAAAAUAUAUUGAUCAAUUUUUCACCAUAAUAUUUACAUGGGAAAUGCUUCUUAAAUGGUUUGCCUAUGGGUUCAAGAGUUACUUUUCCAAUGCCUGGUGUUGGUUAGAUUUUAUUAUUGUCAUGGUAUCAUUGAUUAACUUCACUGUUGGCCAAUUAGGUUUCUCAAAUAUUCCUGCCUUCAAAACUAUGCGUACUUUAAGAGCCCUGAGGCCACUUCGAGCAAUGUCCCGACUGGAAGGGAUGAGAGUCUCAUUGUUAAAUCUCGGGGCCGAAUUCGCUGGUAUCGCUCGAAUUCAAGCCUUUAAAACUAUGCGAACGUUACGAGCUCUUCGUCCAUUGCGAGCUAUGUCUCGGUCGAAAGGGAUGAGGGUUGUAGUUAAUGCCUUGGUACAGGCGAUCCCAGCAAUCUUCAACGUACUCCUUGUGUGCCUAAUUUUCUGGUUGAUUUUCGCAAUCAUGGGAGUCCAAUUGUUUGCUGGUAAAUUUUCAUAUUGUCGUGAUCGUAACACGGAGGAAAAAUGUGACCCCAACGAAAUUGAAAACAAGACUAUCUGUGAUCAACACAAUGAAACCCUUGAAUGGUACACACCAAUGGUCAACUUUGACCAUGUACUCAAUGGUUACCUAUCACUUUUUCAAGUUGCAACAUUCAAGGGUUGGACAAUUAUUAUGGACCAUGCGAUUGAUUCUCGUGAAGUGAAUCAACAACCAAUCUACGAGAAUAGUAUAUUGAUGUACUUAUAUUUCGUAUUUUUUAUCAUUUUCGGCUCAUUUUUCACCCUGAAUCUAUUUAUCGGAGUGAUUAUCGAUAAUUUCAAUGAACAAAAAAAGAAAGGAGGAGGUUCAAGGGAGAUGCUAAUGACAGAAGACCAGAAAAAGUACCUGAAUGCCAUGAAGAAAAUGGGAUCCAAGAAGCCGAUGAAAGCGAUUCCAAGACCAAGAUUUAAACUUCAAGCGAUAAUAUUUGACAUUGUAACGAAUAAAAAGUUUGAUAUGCUCAUCAUGUUGUUCAUCAUGUUGAACAUGUUCGUCAUGUCCCUUGACCACUACCAGGCCUCGCCCUUCAUGGAAAACAUUCUUGAGAUGUGUAACCUAUUUUUCAUUGCAGUUUUUACUGCUGAAUGCAUGCUCAAAAUAUUCGCUCUUCGUUUCCAUUAUUUUCGAGAACCUUGGAACGUCUUUGACUUUGUCAUCGUCAUUUUAUCCAUUGCAAGUUCGGCUCUGAAAGAUUUCGUGGAAAAUUAUCUUAUAUCGCCCACUUUACUUCGGGUUGUUCGGGUUGUAAAGAUCGGCCGAGUUCUGAGAUUGGUCAAAGGUGCUCGAGGGAUUCGAACCCUUCUAUUUGCCUUGGCAAUGUCUCUUCCUGCCUUAUUCAACAUUUGUUUACUACUUUUUUUGGUUAUGUUUAUAUAUGCUAUAUUUGGGAUGUCGUUUUUCAUGAAUGUUAAGCAACGAUAUGGAUUAGAUGAAACUUUUAACUUUGGUACCUUUUUCCGUUCAUUCAUCUUACUCUUUCAAAUGUGCACCUCUGCUGGUUGGGACGGUGUUCUUGCCGCCAUCAUGGAUGAAACAAAGUGUGAUAAAGAUGGUGAAGUUUCCGAUUGUGGUUCUAAAAAGGUCGCAAUCGCUUAUUUGGUAACCUAUUUGAUAAUAUCUUUCCUGGUUAUUGUCAACAUGUAUAUCGCUGUGAUCCUUGAAAACUAUUCCCAGGCCACUGAAGAUGUUCAAGAAGGUUUAACUGACGAUGAUUACGAUAUGUAUUAUGAGAUAUGGCAAAGAUUUGAUCCUGAUGGUACUCAGUUUAUUAAUUUUAACGAUCUAGGGGAAUUUCUUGAUGCUCUUGAGGAGCCACUUCGAGUACCAAAACCGAAUAAGUUUAAGAUCAUUCAAAUGGAUAUACCGAUUUGUGUGAACGAUAUGUGCUAUUGUGUUGAAAUUUUGGACAUUUUAACGAGAGAGUUUUUCGCACGUAAAGGUAAACCCAUUGAGGAGACGCCAGAGUUGGAGGAGGUUUUACCACUUCGAGGACGCUUUGAACAUACAUCGUCAACCUUUUGGAGACAAAGGGAAGAGUAUUGUGCUCGAAUAAUUCAGACGGCUUGGUUCAAGUAUCAGACUCGAAAAAGAUCAGGGUACGACACUGGUGAACCUUUCGAGGAAGAAGAUGAAGAGGAAGAGGAAACUGGUGAGAUUGAAUCGAACACCAGAAAUCGUGUAUCGUCCAUUGUUGGUAAUAACAAUGUCGGACACUAGAAGAUUCCAAUGAGAUGACCAAUAUAUUUUCAACGAAUCUUAUUCAUUUGAAGGAAAGAUAAAUUAAGAAUCUGAAAAGAUCGACCAAUAACAUUUAAUUAUUGUGAUGAACGUGAACAAUUAAAUACCAUAAGGAUGCAUUUAACAAGGAAAUUGUAAAUAUUUACAUUUCAUCAUCAUAAUCGUCAUCAUCGUCUUCAACAUAAUCGUCACAAUCAUCAUCAUCAUAACCAUAAUCAAGCACCAUCAUGGAAACAAAUCAGGAACAAUAAAUGAACCCAACAAUUUGUCCAACAAUUAACACAACAUCAACCUCUCAGUCAAACAUACUCACACUUACACACUCAUAUAUUAGGAAGAGGAGGUUGGAUACACAAUGAACACACAAAUGAUUCUCAUAACAAUUAAUUAAUUAAUCAUGGGCUCGUUUUAAUCACCAACAAAACUAUCAGAUUUCAAGAUGAUUAAAAUUUUACAAUCAAGGUUAAACCAACCACUUUUCCCCUCGAUCUUCAAACUCUCUCAUUCUCCCUCUCACUCACUUUCUCUCUCCCUCUCCCUCUCUCUUUCAAUUUUCUCCUUACCUCUCAUAAUUAAGUGUUAAUACUAAUCAUGUUACUAAUCACACUAAUUACCAGAUUAAUAAUCUGGUAUCUGAUGUAAUAUUUUGGUUAACCCAAAAAAGAAAAAGAAAAUCAAAGGAAUCGAAUCCUUUUCCCUCGAUUAACCCAAAUUCACCAGAAAAAAAAACCAAAUCUAAAUGAAAAAGACUCAACAAUUUGAUCUGAUUGAGGAAAUGAUUACUAUUAACAAUCUUGUUAAAAUUGUUAAUUGUAAGCAAUUAAUUGAUAACACAAUCAAAAGUUUGUUAUAUGAUUAAACAAUCAACAAAAAGAAUACAAAUUUAAAUUGUUGUACAAAAAUCGAUGAAUAUUGCAGUUGAUUGAAUAAAAAAACUACAAUUAAUAUUGGGGAAAGUUUGCUUCUUAUCAUUUUAAUU